AUGGACACAUGUGCUUCUGCUAAGGUACCUAUGGGCUUCGGUCACAAAAUCUCUUCCGACCCUUCGGGUGUUUCUGUAGAUGAAAAGAAAUGUCGAGGAAUGAUUGGAUCCUUACUCUAUCUCAUCACAAUUCGUCCGGACAUAAUGUUCUCAACAUGCUUAUGUGCCAGAUUUCAAGUCAAUCCGAUGAUGUCUCAUCUUUUGGCUGUGAAACAAAUUUUCCGGUACCUUAAAGGCAUAAAGCACCUCGGAAUCUGGUACCCAGCAAAUGGAAGUUUCCUUCUGCAAGUUUACUCGGAUUCAAACUAUGGUGGUCUUCAACUUGAUAGGAAAAGUACAUCCGGAGGAUGUCAAUUCCUAGGUGGUCGUUUAGUCAGUUGGUCAUCCAAGAAACAGAACUGCAUUGCUCUCUCUACAGCUGAAGCUGAAUACAUUGUUGCUGCCAGCUAUACUUCUCAAGUUCUAUGGAUGAAAUCUCAACUCUUGGAUUAUGGUUACCGAUUUCAAGGCAUUCCUAUCUACUGUGAUUCUCAAAGUGCCAUUGCCAUCUCACACAAUCCGAUUCAACACUCCAUGACAAAGCACAUUGACAUUCGGUACCAUUUCAUUAAAGAUCAUGUUCUAAAUUCUGUACAGGAAGAUCCAUAUCCAAUCUUCCUCGAUUUGCGUGACACGAUUGCACGCCCUAUUAAUUGGAAAACGGAUUGA